AUGCACGCCACCUCUCGUGUCGGUUGGUUUUGGUCUACGCCUUCCUGGCAGAAAAUCAUUCGCAGAAUGCCGUGCCGGCCAAUCGUUCUUUCCGGACCGUCCGGUGGUGGAAAAAGUACGAUUCUGACGAGAGCGAUGAAAGAAUAUCCGAACAGUUUUGCUUUCAGUGUGUCUCAUACCACUAGACAACCGAGAGCCGGCGAAGAGCACGGAAAGCAUUACUACUUCACCGAAAAAGAGAAGAUGCAGGCUAUGAUUAAAAACGGAGAAUUCCUCGAGCACGCAACAUUCAGUGGGAACACUUAUGGAACCAGCAAAAAAACUGUCGAGGAAAUCGAGAAAAGUGGAAAAAUUUGUGUCUUGGACAUCGAGUUGCAAGGAGUUCGUAAUAUCAAAAACAGUCAUCUGGAUGCUAGAUACAUCUUAAUUCGUGCUCCAUCCAUUAAGCUCCUCGAAGAAAGGCUGAGAGCUCGAGGAACUGAAACCGAGGAAAGUUUGAAAAAACGUCUGCAACACGCAGAAGAGGAUCUCGUUGAAAUUGAGAAGAAUCCGACACUUUUCGAUAAAGUGAUUGUGAACGACGAUCUUGAGCGUGCUUACAAGGAAUUCGUUGACCUUCUUCGUGAGGAUCUCGAAAAAACGAAAAAAUAA